UUUCUGUUCAACAGUCUAUCCUCUCUCUCCACCCGAUUUUAUCUGUGAGGGAGCCCAUCUCAGCUCUUGCUUGCCACGGCGCAACUCAAGGCGACGAUGCUCCUCCAUUGCCGCAUCCUCCCCCGCUUCCUCUUCCUUAACCCCACCUCCAACCCACCGCCUCCUUCCCUCUACGCGCAUCUCCUUCUCUUAACCAACAAAAAGACCGCCUUCGCCUCCCCCUUCUCCCACUCGGCCUCCUUCGCUCCCCGAUCCCAUAUCGCCGUCCCCGUCUCCGCUCCCUCGGAAUCCUUUCUUGACACCGACGAGGACCACCAGAUCCAGAUUCCCCUCGAGAAGCUCUUCGUUCCGCCGGAGGUCGAACUACCGGAGGGGUCGGCGUCGGCGGUCCUCGGGAGAGUGCUCAAAGGGUCUAAUAUCGUGCUCGGCCCCUACACGCGGGACGCCCAGGUGACCACCGCCGAGUUCGUGAAGAGCAGUGUCCGUACAGAGGACUGCCCCGCCGACGGCAUCCCCGAGUUCGCCCUCGUCGGCCGCUCCAACGUCGGCAAAUCCUCUCUUCUUAAUUCCCUUGUCCGAAGGAAGCGCCUCGCUCUUACCUCCAAGAAGCCCGGCAAAACACAAUGCAUCAAUCACUUUAGGAUAAAUGAUAGUUGGUACCUUGUGGAUUUGCCUGGAUAUGGGUAAGGUCGA